CCCAACUUCCACACCCUAAAUCCUUUCUUAGUACUGUCUCUCUUCAAGUUUUCCACCCCGCACCGCAGCUUCAAAGACCCUAGCGCCGCAUCCGCAUCUCAACGGCAACAUGGUUCUUCAAAACGAUAUUGAUUUGUUGAAUCCUCCAGCCGAGCUUGAGAAGAAGAAGCACAAGCUCAAGCGCCUCGUUCAAUCUCCCAAUUCGUUCUUCAUGGAUGUUAAAUGUCAAGGCUGCUUCAACAUAACAACCGUAUUUAGCCACUCUCAAACUGUGGUGGUGUGUGGUAACUGCCAGACAGUUCUAUGCCAGCCUACUGGUGGUAGAGCUAGACUCACCGAAGGAUGCUCUUUCAGAAGAAAGGGUGACUAAAUCUGAUGGCUGAUAUUGGAAGAAGAGUUUUCUGCAGUUUUUUUUUGCAAUCGCUAUGCCAGUAAUAAAGGCUGCUUCUAAUUUUCCUAUAUGAUUAGUUCAUGCUAUUACAGAGCUGCUGAGUGUAUUUUUACAUUUUAUAUUAUUCUGUUUGACUCCAUUCAGUGAGAUGACAUGGGUUAUUGUAAGUAGGAGACUUCUAAAUAUAGCCUCAGAUGUUUGAUUUUGCAGAAAGGUAGUAGUAAACUGCAUGCAUGCGAGCCAUGCUUGUUAUGAGUUUUUCCAAGCAUUGGUGUUAUGCUAUAUGUUGAUGUUUGAUGUAUGGGUUAUAUCCAUACUUUUGACUUCAUUUACAGUAACACCAUUCGUAA